AUGGAUUCUUAUUUAGCUGAACAAUCAUCACAAACGUAUGAACGAGAAAUCUCAAAAAUUAGUAAAGCCAUUAACAAUGCAGAAACCUUUGAAGAGUGAAUACAAUUGGCCAAACAAGCAAAAGAUUAUCAUUAUAAAUACAGAAUCAACAUAGAUGAACUAAUAAGUUUAAUUUCAAUUAAGGUCAGGCCAGGAUUAUAUAAAAAUAGCAUCAGUGAUCAAAAAGACCAAAUUUUGCUUAAUUUGCAAAACUUAUUGGAAUUGCAGAAGCUAGAGAUUCCAGUUGGAGAAAUCAAAAAUGUUAUAAUCGAAUAUGCUUUGAGAUGGAUUGAAGACGUAAAUGAUGUCAAAAAAAUUAAAGCAUUCAAAGGAGAAACGGUUGUUCAAGACCCUGAUACAAGCAGAGAAAUUCUGAAAAUUAUUAACCAAUUGGAGAUAGCUGAAGAAAAGACUCAAGAAAAAUUAAAAAAAUUAAAUGAACUUUUCCCAGUUCCUACUGAGCCAGUUCCAAACCAGCCUGUUUAUAUAACUCAAAGAAGCCAAAUCAUCAUGGGUCCUCCUAUUUUUGUGAGAAGUGAGCUUAAUGUUAAUCAAUGCAAAAUCAUGUGGAAAGGAAAACAAAUUGCUGCAGUCAUAAAAACUUAUAAAGAGCAAGGUGGGUAUAAAAGUUUAAAAAAAUUUCAAAAAGAAGUAGGCAUUUUACAUAAACUCUCAGGAACAAGUCGAUUUUUCCUAGAUUUUUAUGGAUGUUUUUGUGACGAGGUAAUAGAAAACAACGUUAUAAAAUACUGCUCAAAUAUUGUCAUGGAAUAUUGCCAGCACAGUCUUUCUGACCUAAUAAAAUCAAGAAAGGAUCAAAAUACGAAAUUUACUCCAGAGGAAUUAGGUUCUAUUGCUCUUGACUUAUUAGAGGCUUUUCAAAGCUUGGUGAACCAUAAAAUUUACCAUCAAGAUAUAAAGCCUGAUAAUAUUUUAAUUACAAAGGACGGACAGUGAAAAAUUGCAGAUUUUAACGUGUCAGGAAUCAGGGAAACUAUUGAAAGGACUUAUUCGGCAACUGGAGUGCAUGAUGUGAUAGGAACUGUAGGCUAUAUGGCUCCAGAACUAAGGAAGGCUUAUAUAAACGGAGAAGGGAAAGCCAAGUAUAGGCCUGAGCGAGCUGACGUUUUUUCACUUGGGCUAGUACUUUAUCAAUGCGAAACAUUUGAUGACAUUUCUAGGUUUAACGAAAAUCCUAUAAAUAGAGAAAAAGUACUGAGCAAUGUGAGAUUGCCUUGACUGAGAGAACUUUUGUAUGAUAUGCUGAACUUUAAUUAUAGAGAGAGACUAUCGUUUAAACGGGCUCUUAGCAAAGUAAUGCGUGAUACAACUGCAACACUUGAUUCUAAUGCUACAUAA